AUGAUUCAAUUCAGUCUCCAUCGCCAAAACAAUCAUUUCGCGGUUUACUCGGUCAAUCAAGCCAAUGAUGGAUCUCCUUUCAACCGCGCUAAACUUCUCAACAUUGGCUUCGACGUUGCAAAAGAUGAUGGAUUCGAUUGCUUUUUCUUCCAUGAUGUCGAUCUUGUCCCCGAAAACGACAAGAAUAUUUACGAGUGCCUCGACACACCGAGACAUUACUCCGGAUACAUCGAUAAGUUCAAUUACAAACUGCCCAAUGAGUACUGGGGCUGGGGAGGAGAAGACGACGAUUUGGAAAGAAGAACAAUCGGUGGUGCCAAAUACAAGCUUGUUCGACCAUCACCGCAAAUCACGCGCUACAAAAUGAUCAAACACGACCACGAGACGUCGAACAAACCCAACCCCAAUCGAGUCAAGCUCCUCAAAGCUUGGAACAAACACAACCAAUUCGACGGGUUAAAUAGCUUGAACUACGAGCUAAUCGAGCGAAACAGCGAAGUUUUCUACAGAAACAUCACAGUUGACCUAAAAUACGAAGAAAGAAUACCCCUGCAAGAACUUCUCGGAAACGGAUAA